AUGGACACGUUGAUACGGCAACAGAUGUCAUUAUCGGGUUACAUUGCCCGUAUGUGGACGAAUCUGCAGAAACUCGGGCAGGCUCGGAUUACCGAGCUUGAGAUUAAAACGCGCCUGGAGCGACUCGACGAUUAUUGGCGGCAGUUUCAGAGUACACAUUUUCAACUUCUCCAAUAUGACGAACUUAGCCAACACGAGUACAGCACCAGAGAUAUUUUUACAAUCUCCGAGGAGAAUUAUUUUCUUGUACGAAACAAGUUUCUCACGGCUUUGCUCCCAAUGCAGUCGAGGGAAAGAGCGAACGAUGCGUCUCCAACGGCCGCGUCCCCCCUCAUCAGGCAAAUGCAAUUGCCAAAGCUCAAUUUGCCCAAAUUUUCCGGCGAGCAGCUUGGUUGGGAGAGCUUCCGGGAUCUAUUCCGCUCGCUGGUGCACGAGGUAUCCGACAUUCCCCCCGUGCAAAAACUGCAAUACCUGAGAGGUUGCCUGGCUGGUGAGGCGGAGGAGAUUGCCGCGAACCUGCCGCUGACCGAUGCUGCGUAUCAGGGCGCGUGGAAUGACCUUGUCGCACGGUACGACAACCAACGAAUCCUACUCUUCGUGCACAUGCGCAACGUGCUCUCCUGUCCGAAUGUCGCAAAGUCAUCGCCGUCAGAGAUCAAGCGCUUACUCGCCACCGUAAACCAGUCGAUCCGGGCCUUCACAUCCUUGAAACGUCCGGUCGACCAGUGGGAUGACUGGUUGGUACAUCUACUGGUCAGCAAAUUGGAUUCUCACACGCGUCUGCACUGGGAGACAUCUCUAGCGGAUUCGCGGGCGUUCCCCACGUUUAAGCAGUUACAGGAAUUCCUGGAAAAUCGCAUUCGGGCAUUGGAGGCGGCCAAUCCCGAAGCUUCUCUAGCGCGUACCACCUCCACGCCCAGUCCAAAAACCACGAAGGGCUCUAGGGUAUCCGCUAACAUGGCUUCAACGGCGAAGCCAAAAGGGAAGAGUAAAUGCCUUCUCUGCCAAGACGCUCACGCGUUACCGUACUGCGCAAGGUUCAAGGCCAUGACGGUUGUGCAGCGGAGCGAACAAGCGAAGAAAUUAGGCGCGUGCCUUAAUUGUCUGCGCGGGGGACAUCACGCCGAUGCCUGCCCGUCGACCGGUCGUUGCCUGGUGUGCGCCGGCAAGCAUCACACCGCGCUUCACGGGUUCCAGCCUCAACCCGUCGGGGUGUCGGGGGUUGUGAAUAUGAACGGUUCCCCCGCCUCCACAGCCAAGGCGCUCAACAUGAGCGUGUCCACUUACGUAUCCCGUCCGGCUGGAGUAACCCUUCUCGCGACAGCUCAGAUCAUCUUGCAGAGCGACGCGGGACAGUCGAUCAAGGUCAAAGCUCUUUUGGACCCCGGAUCUGAGGCUACGUUCGUCUCAGAACGAGCAGCCCAACAAUUGCGCGCGAGGCGGAAGCGCGUCCACGUGACAGUCGCGGGCCUUCAGGGUAUUCAGACGGGCACCGUCACUUCGUCCAUCGGAGUGGGAGUACGUUCUCCGGUCAACCCCACGGUGCACAUCAAAACCGAGGCACUCGUCCUCAGAAAUCUAACCAAUUUAUUACCUGCGAAACAAGUGCUACUCCCCUCGGGUAUGCAUCUAUUUGGAUUGACCUUGGCCGACCCGUUGUUCAACGUACCCGCAAAGGUGGAUGCGAUUUUGGGCGCAGACAUCUAUGAUCGAAUCCUGGAGCCUGAUAUUCGUCGCGGAGAUCCGGGUACGCCGACGGCCUUGCGCACCGCGUUCGGCUGGGUGCUCACCGGGACCGUGCAGGCGAACGAACAAGGGACGGUGGCUUCCCACCGUCUCUCCGUGCAUCAUGCCCUGUCGACGGACGAUAUCUCAAGGGCUCUUCAACGAUUCUGGGAGAUAGAGGAGAUCCCAUCUCAACAGCCUCAAGACCCCGAUGAAACCAAAGCCGAACAGCAUUUCCGUGCGACCCAUGCACGAGACCUCACGGGUCGAUACGUGGUUCGCCUCCCACGGAAGGAGGACAAGGCUGUGCGACUUGGGGCCUCUCGACCCGCUGCACUUUCCAUGCUGCUGAGUUCUGAACGCCGGCUGAGUAAGCAGCCGGACCUACACAAACGCUAUACCGACUUUAUGGUUGAAUACCUGGCCCUAGGCCAUAUGAAUCCGGUCGGUCCCGAGAAGUCAGUUGCGCGGGACUCGUAUUAUCUACCGCAUCACGCCGUGUUCAAGGCGGGGGAUCCCGCCGGCAAAAUACGAGUAGUCUUUAACGCGUCCUGUCGCACCACUUCUGGAUACUCUUUAAACGAUUGUCUUUUACCAGGUCCAAGGUUGCAGGCGGAUCUGUGGCUGAUACUCUCCAAGUGGCGGCUGUUUCGGAUCGGGUUUAUGGCCGAUAUUGUCAAGAUGUUCAGGCAGAUCCAGGUACAUCCUGAAGAUGCGAACCUACAGCGCAUCCUGUGGCGUGCGACUCCGUCCGAAGAGGUGCGUGAUUAUUACCUCACCACCGUCACGUACGGAGCAACGUCGGCCCCCUUUUUGGCGCUGAGAACGCUACGUCAGCUGGCGCAGGACGAAUCGGAGCGCUUUCCGCUGGGAGCGGCCAUCCUCACCCGCCACUCCUACGUGGAUGACAUUCUAGCCGGUGGUGAUUCUUAG